UCAGGUUAUAGUGAAACGUCACCGUGUUAUUUGUAUUUAUUAUUUGGACUUUGUACCCGUUUAAAAGUUAAGUGUAAAGUUUACUUUUGAUUGUUUGUUGCCGUCCAAAUCAUUCGUAAGCAAGCACUCACACAAAUAUGAUCAACACAGGUAAAUUAGCAGGUCUCACAGUAUUGGUGACGGGAGGCAGUAGAGGAAUAGGAAAGGCUAUCGCUCUGAAAUGUGCAAAGGAUGGGGCCAAUGUUGUGGUUGCUGCCAAAACUGCUGAACCACAUCCAAAACUGCCAGGCACAAUUUAUACGGCCAGUAAAGAAAUUGAACAAGCUGGAGGGAAAAGUUUGCCAUGUAUUGUGGAUGUGAGAGAUGAGCAACAGGUUAAAAAAGCAGUGGAAGAAGCGGUCAAGAAGUUUGGUGGGAUCGACAUUGUUAUAAACAAUGCGUCGGCCAUACAACUCAGCGGUACAGAGGAAACCGACAUGAAACGUUACGAUCUUAUGCAUAACAUCAAUACUAGAGGAACAUUUUUGGUAUCCAAAACCUGCAUUCCUUACCUAAAAAAAAGUAACCACGCCCACAUCCUGAAUCUUUCACCACCACUCAGCAUGAAUCCCAUCUGGUUCAAGAAUCACGUCGCAUACACCAUGGCGAAGUACGGAAUGUCCAUGUGCGUGCUUGGCAUGCACGAAGAACUAAGGCCGUACAACAUCGCUGUCAAUGCCUUGUGGCCUAGAACAGCCAUUCAUACGGCCGCCAUCGAGAUGCUGCAAGGACCUGAAUCGGCUAAAACAUCACGCACUCCAGAAAUAAUGGCAGACGCCGCCUACUACAUCCUCACGCAGGACCCGAAGAAAGUAACCGGUAACUUCUUCAUCGACGACACGAUCCUGAAAGAAGCUGGCAUCACUGACUUUACAAAGUAUGCAUGCGAUCCUGCCAACGCCGAUAACCUGAUGCCCGACUUCUUCGUCGACGACAAUCUAGAUCUCAUCGCGGGUGGCAGAGAUCUGACUGCCUCUGCAACUAAAAAACAGCCAGAGAAGCCACAGGGACAAGUGGCCACGCUGUUCCAAGCUAUUGAGAAGAGUAUCUCUGCCGAUACUGUUUCUAAAACCCAGGCAGUGUUCCAGUUUGUUGUUACUGGAGAGGAAGCUGGAAAAUGGUACGUUGAUUUAAAAACUGGAAACGGUUCGUGUGGACAAGGUAAUGCUCCAACCACUCCAGAUGCAACAUUGACUAUGGAUAGCAAGAACUUCUUCAAUAUGUUCAGUGGAAAAUUGAAACCAGCCACUGCUUACAUGAUGGGCAAAUUGAAAAUUAGCGGUAACCUGCAAAAAGCCUUAAAAUUGGAAAAAUUAAUGACUAGUCUGAAGUCAAAAUUAUAAGACUUUUAUUGUUUAUCUACGUAUUUUUUAUAUUGUUAUAUAUAUUGAAUAUACUAUAUUAUUUUUUAA